AUGGCCCACAAGAAUUUUGGUGAGUGUUCGAAAUGGAGUAUUACACCAAUAGCACCGGAUAUCCUAAGUUAUGGUUAUAAUCCGUAUUGGGAUGCAGAAACGCAAAGUUUGUACUUGGUCGAUUAUUUGGGGAAUCGAGAGCAAUUGUUUUAUCGUUAUGAUUACGCACAGAAUCGGUUGUAUAGUGCCACCCUCGCAGGUGGAUUGAUUAAUCCAACAUUCGCCUUACCAAUGAUUGGACACAAUGAAUUGGCCGCUAGCAAUGACAAACGAAUUGUGGUGAUUAACUGGGAUGGUGUAUCACCGACUGCGACAACCGUUCGUAACAUAACGGCCAUCGAGCAAAAUCCCAUUUACGCGUCAAACCAUCUUGAUAUUGGGGGAAUCGAUCCAGAGGGGAGACUCGUAACUGGAACAUAUCGAACAGUCGGCUGUGUUCGAACAUCAGACGUAAACGGUACGGUCUACGUAUUCCGACAAAAUGGUGACAUUGUACCACUUAUUCAAAAUUUAGACACUGUCGCUGGUUUUGCAUGGAAUAAAAGAAAAAAACUAUUCUAUUUCUUUGACUCCUGUACAUACACCAUUUUUGAAUACAAAUGGUCACCAGAAACUGGCGAGAUAAGAGAUCCACGUCCAGUAUAUACAUUUCCAGCAACAAAAACAUACGCUAUAUUGGGAAUGGAUAUUAGUUGUAAUGGUAACUUAUUUGUGGGCUUAUACCUGGGAUUUGAAGUUGUCGAAAUAGAUCCAAAGUAUGUGUGA